ACCCCGUUCCGUAACUUCCCGGAUCGCAGCGGGACAUGGUGCUGUCCGAGCUGGUCGCGCGCCUCAACUGCGCCGAGUACAAGAACUGGGUGAAGGCGGGCCACUGUCUGCUGCUGCUGCGCGGCUGCCUGCAGGGCUUCGUCGACCGCGAGGUGCUCGCCUUCCACCGCGGCCUGCUCGCCACCGUCCCCAGCCUGGGCCCUCGCGCCACCUGUCGCGGCGGCUCGCGGUGCAGCCCGGGUCCCCGCCAGUUUCAGCCUCAGUGUCAGGUGUGUGCAGAGUGGAAACGGGAGAUUUUGAAGCAUCACACCCACCGAAACGGAGACAUCCACUGGGGAAACUGCUGCCCAGGCCGCUGGCCCGUCGACGCCUGGGAGGUGGCCAAGGCCUUCAUGCCCCGAGGACUGACAGAUAAAAGAGGACCCGAGGAAUGUGAUGCUGUUGCCCUUUUAAGUCUCAUCAACUCCUGCGAUCACUUCCUGGUUGAUCGAAAGAAAGUCACCGAGGUGAUUAAGUGUCGUAAUGAGAUCAUGCACUCCUCAGAGAUGAAAGUGUCUUCUGGGUGGCUUCAAGAUUUUCAGAUGAAGAUCCAACAUUUUGUGAAUGAGUUCAGGAAUAUCCCAGAGAUUGUGGCAGUAUACUCCAGAAUACAACAGCUGUUGACAUCUGACUGGGCUGUUCAUCUCCCUGGGGAAGAUCAGCAAGAUGGGUGUGAAGGUGAAACAGGAAUUUACCUGAGCGAGAGCCAAGUAAAUGAAAUAGAAAUGAAAUUACUGAAGGAAAAACUUCAAGAGAUGUAUCUUCAAGCAGAAGAACAAGAGAUGUUGCCUGAAGAGAUCUCAGAUAAACUGAAAACGAUGAAGGCAUUUCUGAGAGACAAUGAGGAUCUUAGAAAGCGCCUCAUGGAAGAUAUGCGGAGGCUAGACAGCCUCCAUCUCCAGCAUCAAAAAGAGGAUUCAGAGGAACCUGGGGAACAAGACGCCUAAAGAGUAGGCCUCAGGUCACCCUUUGACAAAAACCAGGUAUGUUCUGUGAAAGGCAGCAUCAUUUCCAUCUCAGACACCCUCUUCUGCACAAAAGGAAAGAUUUACGAGAGUCCUGUACAUGAACAAAAAAAAGAAUUUCUGUUGUCUUUUCCUGGACUUUGGCUCCUUGGGAGUAUUUUUUAUAUAUAUUCAUAAGCUUGGAAUUGGGUAAUCUAUACCAAUAAAAAAUUUUAGAUACUCGUUUACCAAAACUUGCUACCAUCCAGGGAUUUUUUUUUUUUUCCCUAUGUAAAAGGUGAGAUUCUUUUCUGGUCCUAGUGCUGCUUGACAUAGUAAAGACCGUAGUGCUGAGGCAGCACAGUGGGGCAUGUGCUGAGGAGGUCCCACAGAGUGCUCUGUCCACGGGCAGACAAGUCCUGGAAGUCUCAUUCAUGAGUGAUGCCCAAGGAUGGGCCGUAGGCAAGGAAAAAAUUGCCUAGAAGGCCAUUUUCUAGCCAUUUCCAAUGAGUACAGCACUGUGGCAACUAAUUUCUAGCAGCCUGAGGCAGAAGGGCCAGGAGGCGGGUCAGUGGGGUGUUGACCAAAGCCCGGGAGGGCCCCAGCCAGCCUUGGAAAUAGGAAAGCCAGGGGGACACUCCUCAGUCGGUGGCUUGUUUAUGGUUCUCUUAUGAAAAGUAAAUUGCCAUGGCAAUCGCAGCUGUUUUUAUUCAGUUAUACUCCCAGUGCCAAGCACAAGGCCUGGCCCUGUGUGCUCAGUGAAUAUUUGUUGAAUGAAGGGUUGUCUGCCAACGUAAGAGUAUUCACAGACAUAAAUGUGAGUUAUGUAUAACUGUUAACGAAGCCUGGUCCUUUGCUGUGAAAUUUAAGAAUGAAAUGUCAACAUUCUUAUGGCAAUUUGGAGACAUCAUUUCUUUCAACUGAAAUCUCAUAAAUUCAUUCAUGCUUACUCUAGUCUUUCUCUCCAAAAAGUCAUCCACUUUUGACUUUGUCAUUUGUUUCCUGAACUGCACAAACACUAUCCUGUUACAUGCAGUGGUCUGGAGAACCACCGCACCCUCAUCCUUUCCAAGUCCAGCAGUUCGUAACCCAACCUUCAGGGCCAGAACUGCCAUGUUCCCUCUGCGUGCUCCUUUGUAUAUUCAGCUGCCCAUCAAGGAUGAAAUCUGCUGUAGAGAAUGGACAAAGGGCAGGGUAUGUUUGGUGUAUCUUUACAUUAAAAUGCAUUUAACAUAAUUCUGUAAAACCUGGAUGAAGGCAAAUGUGUUGAUAAAUUCCUUCUUUAAUCUUUGCAGUUACUAUUUGGUCUUUAGUCGUAUAUUGUCUUUCUCCCUUCAUUUCAUGACUUCAGUAGUAAAGUUAAGAAUUUUCAUUUUACCUUGUAACUCUCCCAGACUAAGAAACUUAAUGAAAUCUUUCUUGCUUUCUAGAUAUGAGAUACAAGACUUGGGAUCAAAUUAAAUCUCGAGUUACUAACCAAUUUAAGACCUAAUUUCUAACUUUAGGAACUUAGGGUUAUCAACACUUUCAUUGUACACCUCUUGCAUCUAGUUGUAAUAUUUAACUAUUCAGUAAACAUUGAUCAAGUGUCAACCAUGUGCCAGACACAGAAGUAGAUGCAAAUGUGAGUAUUUGUAAGACAUGGAUGAUGGUAUAUGAGCCAUCCUCUUCCUAGAUUUAUUUAGUAUCUGCUCUGAUAAAGUAUUUUUCAGAAAACUUUAAACUAGCACCACUGAAUUUAGUUACAUUGAAAUAAGCAACUCAGAAAGGAAGAAACGCCCAGAGAAGGCUUUUUAAAGCAAAUGGGGCAUGUACAGAGACAUAAACCUGUGGGCACAUGCAUGCUCACACGGGAGCAUCCCCAGCAGCCAUCGAUAGAGGGCAGUUCAGUAAAUCACAGCACCUCCCUACUGCAGAAUAUUAUGCAACUGUUAAAAAGAAUGAGGAUAAAAAAUAAAAUUAAGUAACAAAAAAAGGAGGCCCUGCUGCAGCACCAUUAACAUGGAACGAGCUCUUAAGACAUACUAGGUAGAAAAACAAAAUGCCUAACCGUGCAUAAAAUGCUGUGAUACCAUUUGUAUUUUUAAAUAACAGUGGUCUCCAACAUUACAAGAUUUUCCCAAGCCUUUUUGCUGUGUGACUUCUGGGCAAGGAAGUAGAAGGGGAGGAGGAUUAGCGAGUAGCAAUUUGGCUUUUCUAUUUUGUACACUCCCAUAUGACAUUUUUACUGCAAACGUGAACUUGUGUAUGUUGACUUUUUUUUUAAUUAAAAGUUUAAAUUUCAAAAGAAA